AUGACAGACUCGAGCAAGAAAUCAGAAAACGGCGAUUCAAAACCACAAAUUGUGUCUGUAGCCGUGGGAAGGAAAUUCCAAAAGUCUUAUGGAGAUGGAAGCAGCACACCUUGGUUGGAUGACGAUCCACUAUUGCAACAACAAAUUCAAAAGAAUCAGUGGAUUCGAUGGGACGGCACCCAAGCGACUGCUCAACAACACAUGUAUUGGAUGAAAGAACAAGCGCAAUCAUUCAUGUCAGACGAGCGUCACGGUGAAUAUCGUCGCUAUGCAGAACACAAGGGCGUUGAAUACUUUAUUCAUGACGAGCUGACAAAGGCUGGAAAGGGAUAUGGAUUCUUCAAGUUGGUGGGAACCUUUGACUUUGAACCAAAAGAUUUAGUAGCUUGUAUGUUUGACUUUGAUUUGACGGUUGAGAUGGACGAUACUGUGAUUCUUAUGAAGAAUCUGAAGACAUAUUAUCAAAACAACAAACAAGAAGAAACCAACAGGGUUCACAAUCCCUUUGUGAAUGCUUCGUAUUGGUCGAAUGCUCCUGGUUUUCCCUUUUUAUAUCGGGAUGGCGUGGAUCUUUCUGGAUAUCUGGUUGAUGAUGAUACUACUAGUGGUGACGAUGACAUUGGUAGUACAGUGUGGCAAUUAUCCAUGUCAAUUCGAGCUGGCGAUUUCCAAUCAUGUCCCUAUGGUUUGGCAGCCGAAAAUCGGUACUGGGCCUACAAACUAGAGCCCAUUAGAGAAAAGGGUAAAGUCAGAACCAGAACUACAUUGGUUUGCCAAACGCUUUUGAAUGGCUGCAUACCCAAAAUCCUGAGCAAUCACAUAGUUUGCAAGGUGCUGAUUGACUACGUAGCCUCAGCUGAUGAAGUUAUCAAGAAGAACAAAAAGACGGGUAAACAUACCGAGCUCUUGAAGCGAUUGCAACUUGAUGAUUUGUAG